AUGAAAAAUGGCCUCCGUAGUGUGUGUAUCACCAGCAGGGUUGGAUUUAGGUUUGCUUGGAAGAUGGUGAAGGAAACAACAUACUAUGAUAUACUUGGUGUCAAAACCAGCUGCACCAAUGAUGAACUUAAAAAAGCAUACAGGAAACUAGCACUCAAAUAUCAUCCUGACAAAAAUCCAAAUGAAGGUGAAAGAUUCAAACAGAUCUCGCAAGCUUAUGAAGUAUUAUCUAACCCAGACAAAAGAAGAAUAUAUGACCAAGGAGGUGAACAAGCUUUGAAGGAAGGCGGCGGUGCUGGUGGAUUCUCUUCACCCAUGGACUUAUUUGACAUGUUCUUUGGCGGUGGCUUCAGUGGUGGCCGUAGACGUGGCAGGGAACGUAGGGGCAAAGAUGUUAUUCACCAAUUAUCUGUUACUCUAGAGGAAUUAUAUAGAGGCGCAGUGCGAAAAUUGGCUUUACAAAAGAAUGUUAUUUGUGACAAAUGUGAAGGUCGAGGUGGGAAAAAGGGUGCUGUACAAACAUGCCCUACUUGCCGAGGUACUGGAAUGCAAGUUCAGAUCCAGCAGCUUGCUCCUGGUAUGAUCCAACAGAUUCAGACUGUCUGCAGUGAAUGCCGAGGGCAACGUGAGAUCAUUGACCCGAAGGACCGUUGCAAAAUUUGCCAAGGUCGUAAGACAGUCCGCGAUCGUAAAAUUUUAGAAGUUCAUGUUGACAAAGGUAUGUCUGAUGGACAAAAAAUUACAUUUAGCGGUGAAGGCGAUCAAGAACCUGAGCUAGAACCUGGUGAUCUGAUUAUUGUUCUCGAUGAGAAGGAGCAUGAUGUAUUCAAACGGUCUGGUAAUGAUCUCGUUUUACGAUUAAAUAUUGAGCUAGUGGAAGCAUUGUGUGGAUUCCAAAAAGUUAUAAGGACUCUAGAUGACAGGGACAUUGUAAUAACAGUCUUACCUGGAGAAGUCACAAAGCAUGGUGAAGUGAAGUGUGUCUUGAAUGAAGGCAUGCCAAUGUACAAAAAUCCAUUUGAAAAAGGUCAACUCAUCAUUCAAUUCUUAGUUAAUUUCCCUAAUCGCAUUCCGCCUGAAGUCAUUCCUGCAUUGGAGAACUGUCUGCCAUCUCGCCCUAGGGUUGAAAUUCCCGAAUUGGCUGAAGAGUGCCUACUGAUGGAUUUGGACCCGGAGCAAGAGAACCGUCGCCGCCGCCCGCCCGGCCCCGCGUACGAGGAGGACGACGAGCACCCCGGCAUGAACCGCGUACAAUGCGCCACCGGUUAG